AUGUUUUUGUCGGUUGUUGCUGUUGUCUCCGGUAUAGGGCACGGGGGAGUGAACCAGCUGGGCGGGGUGUUCGUGAACGGAAGGCCUUUACCUGACGUCGUGCGCCAGAGAAUCGUGGAGCUCGCGCAUCAAGGGGUCAGACCCUGUGACAUCUCGAGACAGCUCAGGGUCAGUCACGGCUGCGUCAGCAAGAUUCUGGGCAGAUAUUAUGAGACGGGCAGCAUAAAACCUGGAGUGAUCGGCGGAUCCAAACCCAAAGUGGCCACGCCAAAGGUGGUGGAUAAAAUAGCGGACUAUAAGCGACAAAAUCCCACCAUGUUCGCCUGGGAGAUCCGGGACCGGCUGCUGGCGGAGGGAAUCUGUGAUAAUGACACCGUCCCCAGCGUCUCCUCCAUAAACAGGAUCAUUCGGACGAAGGUUCAGCAACCAUUUCACCCCUCUCCAGAUGGGACGUUGCUAUCCACCCCAGGACACACUAUAGUUCCAAAUACAGCAUCUCCUCCUCUCUCGAGUUCUUCCAACGACCCCGUGGGCUCCUACUCAAUAAACGGCAUUCUGGGAAUCCCUCGCUCAAAUGGAGAAAAGCGCAAAAGAGAUGCUGAUGGUUCAGAGGGUUCAGCACAGAGCAGUGAUUCUCAAGGCAGCGUGGAGAGCUUGAGGAAACAUCUACGAGCAGAUGCCUUCACCCAGCAGCAGAUAGAAGCAUUGGACCGAGUGUUCGAGAGGCCAACAUUCCCUGACGUCUUUCCCAGUUCAGAUCACGUCAAACCAGAGCUGGCAAGUGAGUACAGCCUCCCUGCAUUAAACACAGGCCUGGAUGAAGUCAAGCCCAAUUUAUCGUCCAGCACGACCUCUGACCUGGGCCCCGGCGUGUCACAGAGCUACACUGUAGGUCGGGAUAUGGCCAACACAACCUUACCUGGAUAUCCACCUCACGUCCCGCCCACUGGACAGGGAAGCUACCCAACAUCCACACUGGCUGGAAUGGUUCCUGGGAGUGAAUUUUCAGGGAAUCCCUACAGCCAUCCACAGUACACGAGCUACAACGACGCCUGGAGAUUCAGCAACCAAGCAAUAUUGAGUUCCCACUAUUAUUAUAGUGCAUCCAGAGGCUCCGCCCCCCCAACUGCUGCCACUGCCUAUGACCGCCACUAGUUACCACGGGAACCAAAUUAGGUUCCACGCCCACGGCCUUGGACUUCAUAUUCUGCCAGUGUGAGCAGUGCAGCCGAUUGGACAGAGAGUGGUUUUAUGUGGUCACAUGGGGAAGAACAGACCAAUCAGGACGAUUCUCGACCACAAUUCAGCCAAUCAAAAAAGCCCCAAUGGAUUUAAACACUUGAGAAGGACCUGAAUGAUGUGAACAAUAAAUGUAUAUCAAUGACAGAGGGUAAAUAUGAUUUUUAAAAUGUAUGAUGGAAUGAACAUGCUUUUCUAAUAUUUAUUUUGCUCUCACGAUCGCAUUUGAAUUCAUGGGUAUUUGUAUGUAAAGUGUCAUUCUAACACAUUUGAACUGUACAAUUUGAUAUGUACAAAAUAAAUGUAUGGACAGCAUCUAAAACGUAAACCCGCUUACAGUACAUAUUACCAGGGAGGUCUCCCUACAAGGGCGUAGAUUUGGCUCAAACAAAUGGGCAUUUGCACAAAUGGGAAAAACACUUCAGUAACCAAGAUGGCUGGACAAAGUGGGCGGGCACUGUUGCGCUCUAUUUAAUGCAGACAAACACAAAAUGCAAAAUACGUUUAUUAGUGCAAUCUGGAUUAAAUUGAUAAAAAACACCUUUAAAUUGCCUUUGCAUCAGCAAUUUCACAAUGUAUAUAGAUUUGCACGUCUCUGAAGCAAGGGUAGCCAGGAAAUGACUGUUGGGUGGACCUCAAUAGAAAUGGAUGGGCCCCAAAAUCUUUGCCCCAAAUUUUUUUUUUACCAAUUUUUCCUUAACAACAGAAAAGGGGCACAUUCAAACAGUUCAAUGAGAAUUUAUGCAUUAUUUGAACUAUUUUAUAAAUAUAUAUUUGAAGUCAAAGAAUGAUCCCAAAUAUUCUGGGUGGGCCUGGGUCCAACCCACCCUUGGCUACGCCACUGCUCUGAAGUUUAAGGGUUUACGUUUUAGAUGUUUUCAACACAAUGAUAUUGUACACAGUAUUUCAGUGUCUUUUCAAAUGUACAAAAAUGCACUUUACAUACAAAUACGGAUGAGUAUGAAGAAUGAACACCUGGAUGAACAGCAAGGAAACUCACGAGGACUCUCAACUUAAACUAUCACUUAGCAUGGAAAACAGGAAAACAGCAAAAGGCCAACUCGUAACGAGGGGGCAAUUAUGUCUUCAAGAAGAAAACAGACCUGCUGUCAGUCAGGCCAGAUUUGAUUUAAAAUGAAAAUAUUCUAAGACACAUUUUUGGUAUCAUGAAGGACUCUGCAGUGUGCAUGGACUAUUUUCAUUUGUUAUGCAUUUUUCAAUGUUUUUGAUUACUGGAUCAAAUAAUGCAUCAAAUUCUCAGUGUUGUUUUUGCACAAUGAGCAGGGCUGGACUGGUAAUCUGGCAUACCGGGAAUUUUCCCAGUGGGCUGACGCACUUUUGGGCCGUUCGGGGGCGGAAUGUCCAUCGGGAGAACCGAGCGGGCCGGUGCUUCGGAUGCGAAACGUGCCGAAUGGGCCACAAUAAGCAACAAUGAGCGGCCGCGUUAUGCAGAAAAGGACAGCGAACCACCCCCUCCGCCCCACUCAACAGUUGGGACAGUUGCCAUGUAAAAUCACAGGCCGAUUUCUCUUCCCAGUCCAGCCCUGAUAAUGAGUAUCUUCAGUCUGAAUUCAUCUUUUAAAAUCAGUCAUUAGCCACCAUUCUGUAAUUAUUUACUCACCCUCAUGUCAUUCUAAACACUACAAAACCAAAUUUAAGUUGUUAUUCACUGAGAAUCUUCACUUAUUUUUUAUAUAUAUAUCUAAACCAAUGACACUUUAUUUUACUGAUAUCAAAACUGUGAAGAUUCUUUAAAAAAAAAAAAGAAGUAAAUAAACGUUUUUUUUUUUCAACAGAAAAAUAAUUUAUCAUGUGGUUUUGG